AUGAAGCUUUCAAACGCAAUUGCAGUCUGCCCGGCCCUGGCCAUGGCUAGGAAUAUCUCCCUUCAUAUGGAGGAGCCAUUGGCACCUACGCCUCUGCCUCCGGCUCAUGCGGCAUCAGAUGGAGAGCAAAUCAUUCAUAUUUUCCAGACCCUUGGUCGAUCCACAGUGUGGAAGAGCAUUGCAAACAUCACCUUUGAGGGAGACACGUUUGAGCCUGAAGGCAUGGUGCGGUUGGGUGAUGACCGUUACGUGGUCAGUUCAGGCCAUUGGACCGAACCUACCGAGAAGUAUGGAAAGAUUAUCAACGGGACGGACCGAACACCUGGAAAAGGACUGGCCCAUUUGAUGGUUUAUAAUGGAAAGGGAAAGCUUGUUGCCGAUGCGACCAUCACACAAGAAGGCGAUGAUGAAUAUCAUAAUGGAGGGAUCGACUUUGAUGGCCAGUAUAUUUGGGGAACCAUCGCCCAAUACCGCCCCAACAGCACGGCAUACGUUUAUCGGACAGACCCAAACACGCUGGUACCUGAGAGGGUACUUAACUAUGCGGAUCAUCUGGGAGGCGUGGUCCACGACACCCGUGACCACCUCAUCACUGCUCUCAACUGGGGAGGACGCAACGCUUCAACGUGGGAUCUCAAGAGCGCCGAGACGGGCUGUGACGCGAGUUCUGAACCAGAGCGUGUUGUCCGAAACCCGAGUUACUUUGUCGACUACCAAGACUGCAAGUGGCUCGGCCACAGCAGAUUCUACAACGGAAAGAGUAUUAUGCUCUGCUCUGGCGUUGCCACCAUUGGAGGGUACAACCUGGGCGGCAUCGCGCUCGUAGAUGUCGCGACAAUGGCACCACUCGCCGAAGUCCCCAUCGACCUUGAAAGCGCCCUAGGAGUCAGACUGACACAAAAUCCAAUGGAUGUUGGCGUAGCAGACGGAAAGCUAAGGCUGUACCUAAUGCCGGACCAGCACAACAGCACAUUGUACAUCUACGAGGCGCAGCCCGACAGCCCGUUUCACACAAUCAUGUCUUGUCAAAAGGACGCUCCACGAAACCUUGAGUUCAAUGAUCUGCCUCCAGAGCUACGAGAUCUCGUCUGGGAGUUUAGUCUCCCCACUCGCCGAGUCUUUCAUGUGAAGGGAGUCUCAAGACGCCCCCAGGAAGAAGCAGCAUCGAGACCGGCCAAAUUCUUUCGCUUCCACAUCCGCCACGCUCUCCCAGCGGCAUUGUCCACUUGCAAAGAGUCCCGCGCGGUUGCGUUGCGCAAGGGCUUCUUCCUUUCGCCCUAUGGGAAUGAUCCUGGUGUCUGGUUCAAUACGGAACAUGAUAUGCUCUACUUUGACCGGAACCAGCGCAAUAUGCUCCAGCUUAAGCCGAACCUGGGGAGCAUGACCAUCUGUGGUCUGGACCAGGUCCUCAACGUCGGUGUUGAAUGGCGCGCCUUCUUUCGGGAUACCCCCCGUCAAGGUGCGACAACUUCUCGAUACUGGAGGGCGGCGAUUGAGACAUUGUAUGUUCACAUGCCGCGGAUGCGGACUGUCAACUACAUUCUUCCGAUGCUGCGGCACAAAGGCGGCAUGAUGUGGGGACGAGAACCAUACCAAGCACAAAACUAUGAAGCCAUUCUCAUCACACUGCCGGAGAACACACAGAUCCCGUGGGAGAACACAAGGAAUCGAGGUGCCGAUCGAGUGCAGCUUCUCAACGACAUUCGGCACGACAAUGGACUCAACUCAAUGAUGGUAACGUGGAAGGAGGUCAAGGAGGAUAUUGAAAAGGGUUUUGGGGAGGAGGCAGAGCCUGGCGACGGAUGGCAGGACCGUGAACAUGACACUGAUCACUAUCCUCCAGAGGUGAUUGGAUGGUGGCUACUGAGAGAUGGCAUUCCCACAGUUCACGAGAAUCCUCAGAUUCAGACGUUUUAUUCAUAA